AGCUAAGACCCUAAUCUCUUUUAACUAAGCAACUAAUUUUACUUUCGCUCAUUAUCCUAUGUAAUCAUUUACUAAAACAAGCUAAUAUUGCUAAGCAAUUUAGUUUGAGAUAAUCUUAAAUCAUAAUCUCAGAACAUUGGAAGUGUAGGCUACAUGUGUAUAAUUAUUCUCAAUUAUUCAUAUUUAUUCUUUUUGUAAUAAAUAUGCUAAUUCAAACAUUUCCUAAUUAGUAUUUGAAUCUUAGUUGUGAUCAUUGAAUAAUGUAUAACAUUUAAAUAAAUACGAUUUGAAUAGUUUAAAGGCCCACGGCCAAUUUAUUGAAUGGAGCCACGUCAUGUGCAGACUACAUUUCCCAUAAUGCAAUGCAAUGAAAACAGGAAGAAAGACACCAUGAGGAAAUAUUUUUCCAAAAUGAAUCAGAAAGCGAUGGAGGGAUAUUGUGCUGGGGAAUGAGUCGUGAACGCAGCGCAUCAUCCGACAGCAGAUGGAAGAGAUCGAGGCUUUGGCUUUUCCGAGAGAGAGACAGAGGUAAUACGUGUUCCAUGAGCUGAAUUCCGUGUUGGACAUCUCGUAUGAUGGAACGGGCGAUGGAGCAUUUGAAUGUACAGCUGAAUCGACUGACGCGCUCCCUGCGCCGCGCGAGGACCGUGGAACUCCCAGAAGACAGUGAAACGGCUGUGUACACCCUCAUGCCCAUGGUCAUGGCUGACCAGCACAGGUCAGUUUCUGAAUUGCUUUUAAACUCAAAGUUCGACGUCAACUACGCCUUUGGACGCGUUAAAAGAAGCCUUCUGCACAUUGCUGCCAACUGUGGAUCAGUGGAGUGUCUUGUCCUUCUGUUAAAGCGUGGAGCGAAUCCCAACUAUCAGGACAUCUCCGGCUGCACACCUCUGCAUCUGGCCGCGAGAAACGGACAGAAGAAGUGUAUGGGCAGGCUGUUAGAGUACAAUGCUGAUGUUAAUAUCUGCAAUAACGAAGGUCUCACUGCUAUUCAUUGGCUGGCGGUGAAUGGAAGGACAGAGCUACUUCAUGACCUGGUUCAGCACGUCUCUAAUGUGGACGUGGAGGACGCCAUGGGCCAGACAGCCUUACACGUGGCCUGUCAGAAUGGACACAAGACUACAGUGCAGUGCCUCUUAGACAGCGGAGCGGACAUCAACAGGCCCAAUGUCUCUGGAGCCACCCCGCUCUAUUUUGCCUGCAGUCAUGGUCAGAGGGACACCGCACAGAUACUGCUCCUCAGGGGAGCUAAAUAUUUGGCUGACAAGAAUGGGGUUACACCGCUUGACCUGUGUGUGCAGGGUGGUUAUGGUGAAACAUGUGAAAUUCUCAUCCAGCACCAUAGCAGACUGUUUCAGACCCUGAUACAGAUGACUCCGAAUGAUGACAUUAAAGAGAACAUGCUGAGGCAGGUUCUAGAAUAUGUUUCACAGCAGACCGACACCAGCUACCAAAGGAUCUUGACCAGUUUGGCUGAGGUGGCCACCACUAACGGACAUAAACUGCUGAGUCUGUCCAGCAACUUCGAGGUCCAAACAAAGAGUUUGCUCAGAAUUAUCAGGAUCUUCUGUCAUGUGUUCUGUCUUGGACCAUCCUCCCCAAACAACGGGAAUGACAUGGGUUAUAACGGAAACAAGACGCCACGCAACCAGGUGUUUAAGCCUCUGGAGCUGUUGUGGCACUCUCUUGAUGAAUGGCUGGUCCUCAUCUCCACCGAGCUCGAUAAGGAGAGCACAGACGCAACAACCUCGUCCUCAGGAAAUGAUAUCGCAUCACUCUUCCUGAAAAAGCAAGAGGUGGACCCUUCUGUUCCCAGUGAGAAUCCCCCUCUGUUGCUGGACGCCAAGUCAGUGAUGAAGACGCCGGAGGGCUACGCAGACGGUCAGGAUGUCAUCUCCAUGAUAGCCAAUCGCCUGAGCGCUGUCAUCCAGGCUUUCUACAUGUGCUGUUCCUGUCAGAUGCCACAGGGCAUGACCUCCCCUCGAUUCAUCGAGUUUGUCUGUAAACACGAUGAAGUGCUCAAGUGUUUCGUGACGAGGAAUCCCAAAAUCAUCUUCAACCACUUCCACUUCCUGCUGGAAUGUCCCGAGCUCAUGUCUCGCUUCAUGCAUAUUAUUAAAGGACAGCCAUUUAAGGACAGGUGCGAGUGGUUUUAUGAACAUCUUCUGGCCGGACAGCCAGACUCGGAUAUGGUGCACCGGCCAGUUAAUGAAAACGAUAUCCUACUCGUUCAUAGAGACUCAAUAUUCCGAAGCAGCUGCGAGGUUGUGUCCAAGUCAUCGAAUGAAAAACUCAAACAAGGCAUUGCAGUGCGUUUUCACGGCGAAGAAGGAAUGGGUCAGGGGGUGGUCAGAGAGUGGUUUGACAUUCUGUCCAAUGAGAUCAUCAACCCGGACUAUGCACUGUUUACACAAUCAGCCGAUGGUACCACGUUUCAACCCAACAGCAACUCCUCUGUAAACCCAGAUCAUCUAAACUACUUCCGAUUUGCUGGUCAAAUCCUGGGUCUGGCUCUCUAUCAUCGACAGCUGGUGAACAUCUACUUCACACGCUCCUUUUACAAGCACAUACUGGGUAUCCCAGUGAGCUAUCAGGAUGUGUCAUCCAUUGACCCAGAGUAUGCUAAAAAUCUUCAGUGGAUUCUGGACAAUGACAUCAGUGACCUUGGCCUUGAGCUCACCUUCUCUGUAGAGACAGAUGUGUUUGGAACUAUGGAAGAGGUCCCUCUCAAACCAGGAGGAACUACUAUUCAGGUCACCCAAGACAACAAGGCGGAGUAUGUGCAGCUGGUGACGGAGCUCAGGAUGACCCGAGCGAUCCAGCCGCAGAUCAAUGCCUUCCUGCAGGGCUUUCACACUUUCAUCCCCCCCUCGCUCAUCCAGCUCUUUGAUGAAUAUGAGCUGGAACUGCUGUUGUCAGGCAUGCCUGAAAUCGAUGUGAUGGACUGGAAGAAGAACACGGAGUACACAAGUGGCUAUGACCUGCAGGAGCCUGUUAUACAGUGGUUUUGGGAAGUGGUUGAAAAUCUCACUCAAGAAGAAAGAGUCCUUCUCUUACAGUUUGUUACAGGAAGUUCUAGAGUACCUCACGGAGGAUUCGCUUUUCUGAUGGGCGGCAGCGGUCUGCAGAAGUUUACUAUCGCCGCCGUGCCCUACACAUCGAACCUACUGCCUACCUCUAGUACAUGCAUCAACAUGCUGAAACUCCCAGAAUACCCCAGCAAGGACAUCCUGCGCGAUCGUUUGCUGGUUGCACUGCAUUGUGGGAGUUACGGAUACACCAUGGCGUGAUGUCGGCUUCUGCGUUUGCUGAGAAUUCUGCUCUGUGGACACACAACGCGCACAUGGCUCAGUUCAGGGAUUCUUCAACACUUCGAUUCAAAAGCCUUUAUAUUUUAUUUAUUUUUUUCGGCGCGAGGAAAUUUAUGAAAAAAGCAUCAGCGGAUAAUGACAUGAAUUAAUGAUGCUUUAGACACCGAGGCUGUUUUGUAUGUAUGAUAAGGAUGUCCAGGUCAUGUUUCACCAUAUGCAUUUUUUUUUCCAUUCAUUUUUUAUUACUUGUUUUUCUGGUAUACCAAAUGCAAUACUAUCAUACUUUGCUUUUGAAUUAAUACUCCUUUUUUCUGCAUACCACCGAAUGCAAUACUAUUACACCGGUUUUGAUUAUUUUAUCACACGGGUUUUGUAUCAUGCUUAUUAAAAUUCUUUCAAAUAUUGCAUGUAUAAUGUUUACACAUUUUUCUUUUUUCAGCACAAAAUCGAAUUCACGAAUAGGUUAUGCGUUUAAAAUGUACUUGUUUUUUUGGUGAAAUAUGACCUAGAUAUGCUCUUAACAGGAUUCUCGAGGUUCACUCCAAAUGACCUGUUAAAUGCAAAAGUCGGAUUUCUUUUACAUUAAUAAACAUACUCCAGGCUGUAUUAUUUCAGUUAUCUGAUGCUGUUCAGCUCACGCCAUGCUUAAAUUGCAUGUGUGUGCAGAUGCAUGUGAGAAAGUGAAAUAUCUAUAGCUUUUAUCACAACUGACAACUGUCAACACAUGAUUGAUAAUUGUAAUUUUGAGCGGUUGCAAUUUUUUGUUGUUGUUGUAUUUGGUCUCGUGCGGCACACUUUCAGUUAGUGGUCUAUACAGUUCUUUACUUCCGUCAUGAUUACUGUGCCAUAUAUAUUUUUAUGUACUCAAACAUAUUUAGUUAUAAAUGGGGUUGUCAGCAUAGUCCACGAAUUCUUCAUUUUGUAUUCAGUGUCUAAAUUGUUUAUGUGCAGUUACGUUUAGUAUAAAUUAUCAAAUGAUGUUAUAGGUGUGCCAAAUAUUCUCAUACAAAACGAAUUAUAAUUUCCUUUUGUAAAACAAGGACAUGCCAUGAAAUGAUUUUGGAAAGGGAAGUCGUAUCAUUCUAGCAAUGUAUCAUAUCUAUCGGUUGUGGUCAAAGUGAAAAUGUAGAGAUAUAUAAAUUUAUUUAUUCUAAUUUGUGAUUAUGAUUUUGGAUUCAGAUUUGUUUUUUAUACUUGUAAGAACAGAGUAUGCUGUACAAUCUUUUGAAUAUUACAGGUGGGCGUCAGGAAAUAUCAAAGUAUGCUUUUUAUUAAAAAUGAUGCUAACGGA